GAUCAAGUGCUUGUGGACAAGGAUAAGCUGCCGGAGGGCGCACGUGUCGUCAAGGUGGACUUCAAGAUCAGCCGCAAGGAGGAAGCUCUUGCAGCCAAGGGGGAGCUGCUGCGAUGGAUGAUGCAGAAUCGCUGCAUGACGGUGGAGGAGCUUCUGGAGUUCAAAGGGUUGGAGGCUGAUGACGAUGAGGAGAUGACCGCGUACCGGCUGCACAAGAACCAGCCGAAUCCGGAUGUUUUGGUCUUCGAAGAGGAUCGCGGUGAAGGAGGCGAUGGUGGUUGGAACAAGAAGUUCCAAGAGUUUGGCGGCUCGAAGGUCAAGUUUGUGAAGGAGUUCGCCACUGGGAAGGAUAAGUAUCGAAGAGGCGAAAUCAAGAAAGCAUUGGAGAAGGACGAGAAGAAGCAGCGGAAAAAAGGCAGUGCUGCCUUCUACUGA